GAGAGCGAGAGAGAGAGAGAGAGAGAGGGCGGGUUGGAGAGAGAGAGAGAAAGAACGAGAGAGGGAGAGGGGAGAGAAGACGCUGACUAUAGGCUACGCCUCUGCAGUUUAAGGAAUAUAUUAAAAGGAAAGUUUUUUACUGGGUGCAGUAGCACCAGUGAGUGAGAGCCCCAGCCCCCAGGCCAGGCCCCAGUCCUCAGUGUGAAGUGAUGGAGCUGCCCCGUGUUGGGAACUGCAGAGCCAGGCGAUGGACACCCCUGCUGCUGAUGUGACGGAGACACGCAAGAUGUAACUCGUGGAUUCUUCUCAAAGGCCCCACUCAAAUCCCUAGACGACAGAAAAAAAGGAGUAACAUCUGUUUAUGCACAUAUUUCUGUUAAACCCCCCUGGAAAAAACAGAGAUAGACGGAAGAUAAAACACCUUUAAAAAUGAAACAUUAAAAGGAACAAAUUGCCACUGGAGAAACUAAGCAAAGUCAACCUGGUUGAGGAAUCCAUCAUCUUGGGAUCAACAUCUUCGGAGAAAGGGCAGGGUCAUGUCCCAGUUGCCAUGCGCAUCACCACGGUGACCUGCCUUCCCUGCCCCUCUCCCCUCCUCCUCCUAUUGGUCCAGCUGCUACUGCGGCUCCUCCUCUAUGGGCCAGAAUUUGUAGAGGCCGCCUCCCCCUGCCCCACCCACUGCAGCUGCUCCAAUCAGGCCAGUCGAGUCAUCUGUACAAGACAGAGUCUGGAUGGGGUGCCUGAGAGCAUAUCAGUCAACACACGAUACCUCAACCUGCAGGAGAAUUCAAUAGAGGUUAUCAAGUCAGACACCUUCAAGCACUUGAGGCACCUUGAGAUCCUGCAGCUGUCUAAGAACAAAAUCAGUCAGAUUGAGGUGGGAGCAUUCAAUGGCCUGCCCAACCUCAAUACACUGGAGCUGUUCGACAACCGCCUCACCCUGGUCCCCUCACAGGCCUUCGAGUACCUCAGCAAGCUGCGGGAGCUGUGGUUACGGAACAACCCCAUCGAGACGCUGCCGGGCUAUGCCUUCCACCGCGUGCCCUCGCUGCGCCGGCUGGACCUGGGAGAGCUCAAGAAGCUGGACUACAUCUCAGACGCCGCCUUCGUGGGCCUGGUCAACCUGCGCUACCUGAACCUGGGCAUGUGUGGUCUGAAGGACAUCCCCAACCUGACGGCCCUGGUGCGUCUGGAGGAGCUGGAGCUGUCUGGGAACCGUCUGGAGAUCAUCCGGCCUGGCUCCUUCCAGGGCCUGGUGUCGCUCCGUAAGCUGUGGCUCAUGCACUCGCAAGUGAAGGUCAUCGAGCGCAACGCCUUCGACGACCUGAAGAACCUGGAGGAGCUCAACCUUUCACACAACUCCCUGCACUCGCUGCCCCAUGACCUCUUCACCCCGCUGCACCAGCUGGAGCGGGUGCACCUCAACCACAACCCCUGGGUGUGCAACUGUGACGUGCUGUGGCUCAGCUGGUGGCUGAAGGAGACGGUGCCCAGUAACACUACGUGCUGCGCCCGCUGCCACGCUCCCCCCGGCCUGAAGGGCAGGUACAUCGGGGAGCUGGACCAGAGCCACUUCACCUGCUACGCUCCCGUCAUCGUGGAGCCGCCCACCGACCUCAACGUUACCGAGGGCAUGGCUGCAGAGCUGAAGUGUCGCACGGGCACCACCAUGACCUCGGUCAACUGGCUCACGCCCAACGGCACCCUGAUGACCCACGGCUCCUACCGGGUCCGGAUCUCCGUGCUGCACGAUGGUACGCUCAACUUUACCAACGUCACGCUGAGGGACACGGGUCAGUACACCUGCAUGGUGACCAACUCGGCUGGCAACACCACGGCAACCGCCGUGCUUAAUGUCACUGCCGCCGACGUUGGCGUCAGCUACUUCACUACUGUCACCGUGGAGACGGUGGAGCCCAACGAGGGCCCGACGGUCUACGCGGGCGUCAUGAACAGCCACAACGAGUCAUACGUCAUUACCCCGUCUGGCCACCAGUGGAGGGGGGGGCUCCCUACUACCGCCUCCUCCCUGUCAGCCUGGUCCUUGUCCUCAUCCCGGGCCACCCGGCCCACCUUUACUGUGCCCAUCACUGCCGAGACGGGCUAUUCUGGCCUUGAUGACGUGAUGAAGACCACCAAGAUCAUCAUUGGCUGCUUCGUGGCCAUUACCUUCAUGGCAGCCGUGAUGCUGGUGGUCUUCUACAAGCUGAGGAAGCAGCACCAGCUGCACAAGCACCACGGCCCCGCCCGCGCCAUCGAGAUCAUCAACGUAGAGGACGAGAUUGGCACAGGUGCUGGUGGACGCGGGAGCGGCAUCUCAGGGGGCGGCACCGUCUCUCGGGAUGGAGGCGGAGGGGGAGGAGGAGGGCAGAGCCUGAGGAUGCAUCACCCAGAGAUGGUCAACCUACCCAACCUGGCCAGACAGGAGCACCUCAACCACUACUACAAGGCCCAUCACUUCAACAACAACAUGAUGGGCCUGGGCAUGGGCCUCAACAACAACAACAACCCCUCCCUCUCCCCCUGUUCCCAGAACCAGAGCACCCCCAACUCCUGCGCACAGGGACCCACCUCCACCAGUGGUGGCACCCCCACGGGUGGCUCGCUGCCCUCCCCUGUGCCCCUGCCCCAGCUGGGCAUCCACAGCUCUUUGAAGGGGCUCAUGGGGAAAGGCCAGAACCCUCAGAUCGAGCCUCUGCUCUUCAAGAGUGGCUCCAAGGAGAAUGUGCAAGAGACUCAGAUCUGAGAGAAAGAGAGAGACAGAUGGAAAAAGAGAGAGCGAUGAAGAGACAGAAAAACAGGGUGAUGGAGGGAGAGAGAGGAGUCUGAUUGUACUAUCCCCAUGGCCAUAUUUCGAUAGAAAGUGUAGGCAGGCAGAAUAUGAAAUAUUACAUAGACACUGCUUUGUAUGGUUAUUGCAUAGAGAGAGAGAGGAGAGAUUGUUCUCACACCUCUACUGUGUCUGCUCAACACCCGUCCAAGCAUUAACAUCUUCUGAGACACUCCAAGACACACACAGACACACACAGCCCGACACAAGGACAGGAACAUUCUAUCAGCUAACACAUACACAGUGCAUUAUGAGAUUGACAACUAUGUGCCAAACUUGCACAUGUCUGUGCCAAAGUAAAAGCCCUCGCAAUCUAUAUAUCCAUCCGCAGCAUUCCCAGACUGAAUCAGGUGACCAGGUUCAAUACCCAGACACAAUAAGAAUCACCACGGUUAUAACUAAAUACAGAUGACCUUGUAUAUUAUCAGAUACUAUCCAAGUCACCAUGUAUAUAUAGAGAUAAGAUCUGAGUCACUAUGUUGAAGUAGGCGGAUAAGUGUUUGGGACUGUGUCAGAGCAGUACAGGGCCGCCCAGACGCACUCUGUGGAACAGGACAGAAAGUAAACCAUUGAGCAGAACACAGUUUAGUGUCGGACAACAAGCAAUGUGUAGGAAGAGGAAUCCACAUCAACAACGGUUGUGUUUUACUUAGUGGGCUCAAUCUCACUUUCUCCCCUCUUUAACACCUGACUGGCUACUCUCUUUAAAGGAGAGGAAGGUAUAUGGAGUGAAUCAUCUUUAAAAAAUAAUGUAAUAGCAAAAAGGACUACGAAAGAUACAAAUAAACUGUGAAAGUACAUAUUAUAUAUAAAUAUAUUUUCAUUCGAAUAAAUAAAUUAUGAAGAAUCUUUACCAAGUUUCUGACUAAAUAGCCACAGCUUCUGAAGAAUAUAUGAACUGCUGUCAUAGCGGUCAUCACUAUGAAAACUUUGUUUGGCUAGAAACAAGAUGGCCGACAUUCUGUGCUGGAAAGGGACAUAUUGUAGUGGAGGCUGUGGAUGAGCAAGAGCUAAAAUUGGAAACUGGCACAGUGUUUGAUUGAAUUUAUUUUGGCUUCAAUUUUUGUAGCAUCACAAAACGUUCCCUCUCAUGCCACAUUUACAUAAACAGGGUCAUUGGAGAAGGGGGAUCUUUACUCUCCAUUUAAUGAGAACAUAUGAAAUAUGAUUACAAAACUUCACCCUUUGAUACAAACAAUAUGGAUAUUGUAAUGAUGAUAAUGAUGAUAAUUAAAGCAAUUCAGUAAAUGCUUAUCAACCGUAUACUGUAGAUAGCUCUUAAAAGCAGAUAUAGGUUUAGCAUGCUCUGAUUCAAGUGGUAAUAUCUAAAAUUGCAAUGUGAUCGGUUUCAACUUCAUGCAUUCAGUAUAUCUGUAUGCAAUAUAUCAUGAUAUUGAGAAAUUAUUAUUAUAAUUAUCAUCAUUAUUACUAUUAUUAUUGUUAUUAUUAUCAUACACUGAGUGUACAAAACAUUAGGAUCACCUUCCUAAUAUUGAGUUGAACCCCAUUUUGCCCUCAGAACAGCCUCAAUUGGUCGGGGAAUGGACUACAAGGUGUUAAAAGCGUUCCACAGGGAUGCUGGCCCAUGUUGACUACAUUGCAUCCCACAGUUGUCAGGUUGGGUGGAUGUCCUUUGGGUGGUGGACCAUUCUUGAUACACACGGGAAACUGUUGAGCUUGAAAAACCCGGCAGUGUUGCAGCUAUUGGCACACUCCAACCUGUGCGCCUGGCACCUACUACCAUACCCCGUUCAAAUUCACCCUCUGAAUGGUGCACAUACACAAUCCAUGUCUCAAUUGUCUUGAGACUUAAAAAUCUGUCUUUAAACUGACUCCUCCCCUUCAUCUACACUGAUUGAAGUGGAUUUAACAGGUGAUAUCAAUAAGGGAUCAUAGUCUACACCUGGUCAGUCUGUCAUGGAAAGAGCAGGUGUUCCUAAUGUUUUGUACAGUCAGUGUAUAGGUGGCAGAGCAGUCUAGUACAUCCUUAUGAAAGUUAUGUUUAUAAUUGAUUCAGUGGGGAAUGAUUUGAUUACACAUGGAACGAUGAUGAUCCCUUCAACCACCAUAUUGACUCCAACAACAGGGGAUGGACUGUGUUCCACCAAACAUCAACCUGCAGAAACAGGAAAUACAUGGUCCUCAAAAUGGCUGCUCCCACAUGGCAUCCUCACAGCCCAUGCCUCCUCAGAAACUCCUCUGUUUUGUACAACAACACCAGUCUCAGCCGAUCAGGACCCCUCGUUUUAUUCUGUUGUAUAAAAGACAGGACAUGAACCUUUGACGAAGACUGCUCGUUUGCAGAGGAUUAUAUCAGAACUCAGUGUUCUCAUGUGUGAAUGGAAUUCAUGGCAGCAGGGAACUAAAGGAGGACAGCAUUUUGAAGCGUUUGAAAGGUAAGAGAAACCUAUUCAAUGAAGGAGACAGAAAGCCUAGAUGAAUCAUGUGGUGAUGGGUGAUUUUGUUUUUUUAAGGAAAAGGACAAAUAAAUGAAAAAUAUAGAAAAGUAUAGAUCUCUUUAAAAAAAGCUAUUAUAAGUGUUUUUUCAUUUUGUUUUUUUUAUCUAGUUUGAUUAUUUCCUUUAUCUUUUUUUAAAUCAAGUGUUAUCUCAAUUGUAAUAUUGUUAUUGUUGUUAUAAUUCGCUAAUUACACUGGUUACAAUUCUGAAAGAUGUUCUGUCAGCAGAAGUCACAUUGAAAAAUUAAAAUACCUGGCACACAAAAUGGCGGUUGAACUCUGUGAAACUUGGUGGCAUUAGUAUUUAAAAAAAAAAAAAAUCUCCAUUUAAUUGAAAUAUCACUGUUUGUGUGUAUCCCUUUGGCUAAUACAGCUGUGCUUGAGAUGAGACACACAGAAUGUGAAAUGGCCGGCGAGGGUCUUUUCCUGCACAAGGAGGACAGGAUAGAUCCUGCUUUGAUUUACAAGCUUGCUCACGCUCUCUCUCACUCUGUGAUUUUCAGAAUGUCAUAGCUAUCAGUGCUCCGAGUGUGAUUUCGCUAAGUCAACACCCUGUUUCCAUGACUACCUACCCUCAGAAUAAUGCGCCAAACAGCGUCACAGCUUGCCCCUCAUAUGGUGCCCGAUGCCCCCUGUCAAUCAUGUUCCUUGAAGACAACAUAUCCCUCUACAAGCCGGCCAGUGUUCUUCCAACAGUAGCACAUCACCUUUCACAGUGUGCCCAUAUCCUAACACAAUGUCCCUACAGGUUCCUGCCACCAGGUUUCCCUGGCAACUGUUGCAGCUGCGACAGUCCUCAUCAUAGCAUCUUGAUUUGGGUUUCUGAUGCAAAUAGGAGGGAACAGACAGUAUAGAAGGCUAUUAACAUAUCCAUGGUCCUCACAAUAGAUAUUUCUAUUUUUUCACAGCGCUUACGCAAGUGAUUUACACAUUCAUGUUGCUCAUGGAAAUAAUGAACAUAUUCCAUUGGCUUAUUCCAGUGACUUACAUCCUGUAUCUAUAUCAUCUACACACACUUUUGAUUUACUAAUGCAGUGAUUUACAUCGUCUAUAUCACUUCUACAUGUCAGUUGCAUAUUCCUACACCAGUGCUGAACGUAUUCAUGUACCUUGCACUUGUGAUUAACACUCAUAUCCCAUGCACCAGUUAUUAACAUAUUUAUUUUCCCACCAGGGAUUUUUAAUCCCCUCACUAGUUAUUUACAUAUGUGUGUGUGUGUGUGUGUGUGUGUGUGUGUUCAGUGGUUCUAGUCUCCCAGUACUCUGGAUGUGACUCCCUGCCUGUUUUGUCACCUCAGAAAGCAUUAUGAAUCCUUAUGAAGCUCUUAUCACAGAGAAGAGCCAAGCUAGAAAGGCUUAGUGGCAGAACAAGUUUUGCCAGUGCCCCACAGUCCCAGGAACAUCACUGCAGUGACUGAGUCACACAGCACUGAACACACACUUAACACUAAUGGAAACGCUGUGUUUACUGUGCAGGAAGAGACCCGUUCGCUCAACCAUUCAGGGAAUAAGUCAUGUGUGUGCGUUCAGUUACGGUACCUACAGUAGUAUUUUUGAUUACUAUGGCAACUUGAUAUUGUUUCCAUUAUUUAGAUUGCAGCUAUAUCAUUGUGUGUGUGCAUGCGCCUGCUAGGUGAGUGUAUGUAAUGUGUGGGUUGUGUAAGGAGGAUGCAGAGAGAGGGUGAGAGGGAGGGAGGGAGGGUGCCAGUCAGACCUCCAUUUUAAAUCCCCAGUUUAAAGCAGUUCUCUGUCUGUUUCCCUCUGCUCCAGGCUGGUUUGUGAUCCUCUCACUGACACUUUAAGUAAAAACGGGAUUUCUAGUUAAGCAGGGUUCCCCCCCCCCUCUCCCCUCUGCCUAUUGGGAUAAGCCCAAGAGAUCAAAGGUCUGCUCUAUCACGGCCAGUCUCUUUAGCAUUCCACUGGCCUCUGCCUCUCUCAACUCGUAGUCAAUCUGAGGUUACGAGCUUGUGGUCAAGUCGCGUGUCACACCACCCUAGUUAUCCUCACUGUUAAACCAGCCAAUCAAGGCUAUAGUGUUUCCUAAUUGGACAGGGGCCGAUGGCCUCGGUUAUCUUGACAUGUUUGGCUGUUCUAGCUCAGGUCCUGGUCUAAUGAGACAAUAUUAAUCAGGCUUUUGAUAUAUUUAGGAUGUGAUCUUAAUUAUCUUAAUUGGUAGAACCUGCUGUGUUCUGAUCAGAGCAGCUUUUUUAUGUCACCUUUAUUUAACCAGGUAGGCCAGUUGAGAACAAGUUCUCAUUUACAACUGCGACCUGGCCACGAUAAAGCAAAGCAGUGCGACACAAAGAGCUAAAGAGUUGGGUGGGGGAUCUUUGUGUUUUUAGAUAGUCAUGUUUCAGGGGCCUUAUUUGUGCUUGAGGUGAGCAUAGCCUUGUUUAGGUGAGACAACACCUUUAGGGAACCAGCCAGGUCCACCAUUGGAGCUGGUCCCAUAUGUGGGUGUUGAACAGAUGUAAGCCAUAGAAUUAGUAAGUUGUUGUUAUCUUCCCGCGUAGAGUUGAACCAUUUAAAACUAGUUGUGAAACGACAGUGGAGCUGCUACAUUAUUGAUACUCAUAGUGUUAAUGAUGCAUACGCUCCAGCGCCAAAUGCAAAUGCUCCUCCCAGUUGUCAAGGCCAGAAGUGUCAAACCACUGUAAUUUAUAAGCAUUAUUAUUGCUAUCAUAUUUUUUAACGGCCAUCAGAUGGCCUAUGAAUACAGACCCAGAGAAACCUUGCGGCUUCUAUUGUCACACAUCAUGAUGAUGAGGAUGAUGGCGACUGAGACGGCGGUACGUUCAGAUGCAGAUCUGUGUGUCUGUAGUCUCUAGUCUCCUAGUUUAACUUUACGUCAUUGUCAGACUAGUAGUCAGUGGGUGAUUUUAUUACUAUGACGUCAGUCGGCCUUUAGAUGGGUUUUAAGCACGUCUACUUCUACGAGGCGGGUGUUUAGAUGGGUUUUAAGCACGUCUACUUCUACGAGGCGGGUGUUUAGAUGGGUUUUAAGCACGUCUACUUCUACGAGGCGGGUGUUUAGAUGGGUUUUAAGCACGUCUACUUCUACGAGGCGGGUGUUUAGAUGGGUUUUAAGCACGUCUACUUCUACGAGGAUGGUGUUUAGAUGGGUUUUAAGCACGUCUACUUCUACGAGGAUGGUGUUUAGAUGCUCUCUUGGUUAUUCUGCUUGUGCGUGUGGUGCUGGCUCAGAGAGUUUCCUGUCCAUAUUCUCCCUGUGAGGUUUUGUGGAGGUUGAGAUCAGAUGCUCAUGGACGUCAGUCUGCGCCAUCCGUGUGAUUUGUACAAGAGCCUGCAGCCACUUAUCAAACAGGCCUGCCUGUUGCCUACACACAUACGUAGGAGCGCACAUACGUACGUGUGCACACAUACACACGCACAAGCACAUCUAGGCAUGAGCGCACACACAUUUGCGGAUUGACUGACUGACAUUGACUGACUGAUUGAUUGUGAAUGAUUGAUUGAAAGGGGCUUUCUUAAUGAUGUGUGUCUUUGUGCGGUGGGCUUAACACAAACCUCUCGCCAGCUCCCAGCAGGGCUGCGGUUCAGAGGCUGGGGCUUUGUGUUCUGUGAAGGUGUCCUUAAUUUGAGAACAGAGAGACAUUAACAUAUGGCUUAUUUCAUUGUUUCCUUGGCAACCAUGCCCUCUGUCACAAGAUGUCCGUUUUGGUUGACUUGGGCGGAUGACAUGAGAGUGUUAGCGUGCCGUGACGCCGGGGAGAUUAGCGGUGUCUCAUCGUGGAUGACUUCAUCUUCUGUCGAUGACUGUGCUGGGCUAGAGGUCAGGCAACCUCAGGUGGAGAGGUUCAUAAGAGGGGAAGUUUUAUUUGAAAUCUACUAUUAUUUAGAUUUCACUUGUCUUUGGAAAACUUACCCCAACCAGUGAUUUACUUCCUCAUCCCCGUAAGGGGGCUCUGAAAAAGUAUUAACAAAUUCUCCAAAAACACCCAUAUAUGUUAUUUUAGGAACGGCAAAGCUCUCAGUAUAUAACAUCUAAAGACCUGCAUCACUAUUUUGAGAGCUUAUCCGUUUCCGCAAACUUCUAUAACAUGCCAUUUACAUCAAAAAUAGAGAUUUGGUUGCAAAAAAGCUAAAUUCUCCUUUAACAGGGAGCAGCCAUCACUGUUACUCCAACACUCUAAUGGGACAUGCUGAAAAGCCUCUAAUUGUGGAGUCCAGCAUAAUGGAUCUGGUCAUCAGGCUAGGUCUUCCUGAGCGCACCGUAGCUGUGGUAUUCAGCUGGGACACUGUUCUUCAUGUCUUUGAACAUCCUGUUCUGAGAAGGAACAUUAUGGAACACUUCCUUCUGAAGGUUCUAGAACAUUAAGAUCCUUGUUUUUGGAAGUUCUAGAUUAGAGAAAUUGACUCCUCUAAUCCAAAGUGUUCCAGACUUGAUCAUUGGAACCGUUUAUGACAGAUGUUGUAGAACACUCUGACGUCCCCUGCAUUGCUCGGGAACCUUCCCUGUUGUUCUGGGAUGUGUUGUGGAGUUGUUGGAUUCAUAUCGGAAUGUCCUGAACCAUCGGCGACUAUUAAAGGAUGUGCUGAGCCAGCAGCUGUGCUCCUCUCCUCUCAGAGGACAAGCUCCCAGUCAAGUCUCCCAACAGCAACACACAUUCACCCCCCUCUGCUACUCUGCUCUCCUCUCCUCCACAGCAACACAGCACACAGAUUUACAGUUUAUGUGCGCCUUGGCUCGCCAUCAUAAUCACACUCUACUGUGUUGGAUGUCUGUUUGAAGCUGGGCGGCGGCCAUAGCGCACAUUACAGAGCUUUGAAGUGCAAAUGGCGGUCUGCUCCGCUGCACCGUAUGGAGGGCCAGUGUAGAAUAACCACGGUGUGAGAGGAAUACGCAGCCAGGGGAUCAUGUGUUGAUAGUCGUUUCCUUGUGUGGGGAUAGAGCAGCGCCAGCAACCCAGUGUGAUGCAGGGUCAAGUUCAAUCCAGAUGCCAACACUGGUGGUCAGAACCUCCCUAGUCAGCCAGGCAGCAGAGUAGAGCUGGAGGAGGAGUCAGGGCUCUGAGGGCUGACCUGACUAAGUCGCUUAAAAGCGUUUGCUAAAUGGCACAGAAUUGUUCUAUUAUAUUACCUCCAGAAUCAAUACAAUGAACCAACUUGAAAGGGAGAAGCAGAGUAGCAGUAAACAUUCAUCAAUAUGAAAUCAAGUUUAAUGGGGCAACCCUCAGUUCUAACAAAGCACCUCCCCACCAUUGUUUCGGUAAAAGGCUGAGGGAUUGGGCAAUGUAACCACUCUCAAAUUCAUAGCCAAUUUAACCACUCUCAAAUUCAUAGGCAAUGUAACCACUCUCAAAUUCAUAGGCAAUGUAACCACUCUCAAAUUCAUAGACAGAGCUAUGGAUGCAAGUACUGACCAUCCAUGAUAUCAACACUCUAGCUCUAACUAUGUUUUAAGGCUAUACAGUGUUUGUUUACAUUUACUUUGUUUACAAACAUUGGAGUAAAACAAGCUAAUAGUUUGGAGUUGAACUAAGCCCAUGAGGCAUUUAGAAGUUAGAUUCUUCAAGAAUCAAUGCGUAUAUUGAAUGAAUACAUCUAUUGAUGCUCAUGGACACAUCAUCAGUGAUGCAACCUGAGGUCAUUUGGUGUUUGGGGUCUUUCAACAUGAAUUUAUAAGGCCCCCUUAACUGGAGAUAUUGAUUUUGUCUUUUAACUUUAACAUUUAAAAAACAACUUGUUGUCUCCCCCUGUCAGUUUUGGAGGUGUGCUGCUGUCCUCAUUGGUGCUGAUGUAUUUAUUCAGGCGGGUCUCCUUCAACCUCCGUCUCUGACACCCCCCCCUUUGAUACUUUAUUUUUACCCCGCUCCACACCAUCAGCCACCAGCUGGCAGAGUGUGGCUUCUAAUGCGCUCAAACCCUGGUGUUACUUAACACGUUUACCUCGUGUUUACCAUACAUUUACCUCACAGGAGGUUGGUGGCAUCUUAAAUGGGGAGGACUGGCUCAUGGUAAUGGCUGGAGCGGAAUCAGGGAAUUGGUAUCAAAUACAUCAAACACGUGGUUUCCAGGUGUUUGAUGACAUUCCAUUUGCUCCGUUCCAGCCAUUAUUAUGAGUCGUCCUCCCCUCAGCAACUUCCUGUGCUUUACCUCAUAUAUCCAACAUGGUCACCCACAGUGUAUACCUCACUCACCACAGAACAACCCUUUCCCCCUCAGGCAGACAACUCCCUCUCACAGACAGAGAGACAGAGAGACAGAGAGACAGAGAGACAGAGAGACAGAGAGACAGAGAGACAGAGAGACAGAGAGACAGAGAGACAGAGAAGCAGGAGGAAUGAGCGAUGAGGUUGACUGUCAGAGGAAACUGAGACUUCCUGUCACUCCUUAUCCUGUCUGGGUACUGGCCUGGGUAUGCUACACUGUAUCUGUGUGUAUAUACACUGUAUUUGUGUAUAUCUGUGUGUGUACGAGUGUGUGUGCCUGUCUAUAUGUGUGCAUGCAUGUGCUUGUGCACAGUUGUGUGUUUUUGAGUGUGUGUGGUGUGCUUGGGUAUAAGAGGAUGUGUGUGCAGUGUGUGUGUGUGUGUGUGAAGAAGAGAGAGGGACAUGAGGAGGAACGCUGCGGUGCUUAUAUGUCAACCAGUGCUGGAGGGGCCGAUGACUCCAAUCCUCACCCACAGGAAGUGAAGGAGCAUGGCUGACUUACCCCCUUUCUCCUUGUCUCCCUUUUCUCACCCCGUCCCUCAGAAAUGUAGAUAAAGCAUCAGUCCCUGCCUGUCCCUGCCUUGCUCUGAGUCUCACGCACACACACACACACACACACACACACCCACACACACACACACACACACGCAUUACUUCAACCCUAACCCUCUCUCAGGAAAAAAGGGAAAUGAACACUACAACAAGCCAACACUUGAGAUAUUUCCUUCCCUCUGUUUAAUUAAACAUAGACUCCAUCUGCUCUUUUGGUUCGCUUCUUCUUUUCUUCUGCAAUAUUGACUAUGGUUGUUCUCGUGAUUGUUUCUUAUGACUCUGUUCUAACCAUGAGUGUGUGUAUUAACACUGGAAACAUGUCACGUGUGUGUGGAGGAGGGGUCA